AGGUGGAUAACUCUGGAUUAUUAACUAAAUGUUAAAAGAAAACCAAUCCUCAUUAUUUAAUUUUACAUCGUUAUCUUCGCUAUUUACUAUUUCAUUUUUCCAUCCUGUCAGUUAACUGAAACAAAUCAAUAAUAAACAUAUUUUUAUGUGAUGCAUCAUUCAAAUAUAUGGCCACUGUGGGUUGCUUAUUCUAAAAUUCUAGCAUAAUUAUAAAAAGCAGCGAAAUCAGUCAGAAUUGGAAACCAGAUCUAUAUUUUAAAAUAUUUAAUUUUUUACAGAUUAAUUUAACUCAAUAAUUAUAAAAGCAUGCAAGAGUAUGAAAAUGAUUAUGAUUCUAGAAGUGUAGGCAGUGUAGGGACUGAUGAGGUUGAAGAAGCAAAAAAGAAUGACGACACAGAAAUCAAGCUUCUGCAAGAAACUAUAUUUGGUAAGUCCAGGGCCAGGACUAGUUAGGGCCUAGGGUUUUGCCUACUACCUAAACAUUAUAAAUUAUAAUUAUAAUGUUUUAAAGAAGGUAAUAAUUAGUAAUACAAAUUAAAAUUAUACCAUUCAACCAUGGACCAUUGCCAUUAUCAAUUGAAGCACAGUAAUUUGAACACGUAAUUAAUACAGGGUCAGGGGUCAGCGGUAAAAAGUAAAAAAAACCUCCUGAAUGAUCACACUCACUAACUUCACUAACAUUUAUAUUAUAUUAUUAUGGAAAGGGAUAGGCAUAGGACUAUACUAUCAAUCAGAGGCAUGUAGGGUUACCGAAUAAAUCUAUUAUUAUUAUGAAAGAAAAAAAGCUUUUUAAAAUCUUAACCACCAUCAAUAAUAACUUAACUAAUUCUUUAAUUUGUGAUUAAUUCUUAUUAAAAUUCUUAAUUGUUGUAAGUAAUUGGAUGUAGUUAGUCAAAGGGGCCAUCGAUAAAUGAUGUCAUGCAUGGGGGGAGGGGGCGCAUUUUUUGUGACAAUGUUUGACAAGGGGGAGGGAGGGUUAAGCAAUUUAAUGUCACAUGAAAAGCAGAACAUUACACAAAAAUGCCCCUAAUAACACUAAGUUUCAGACAUUUGUAACAUGAUUCUUUCAUACAACAUUUAAUUUAUAAUUAUUUUACUUUUAAACUGAUCUAUUUUUAAACUCUCACUGAGAGAAUCAGUUAGUACAGGUAUGAGAGGUCUGAAAAAUGGCCUCUGAUCAAGAUACAGGCCACUAGGGAGGAGGAGAAUAUGGGUGUAGUGACACUGACUGAUAGUCGUGAGAAUUUAUGCCAAAAUGAGGAGACAGGAGUCAUAGAAUUAGGACUACCAAGUUAGGUGGGAUGGAAUGAAAAAUGGUUGACCAGGGAGUGGGGUGUGUUUGAUAUUAGUAAAUGCUUUAAGGCAGGGAUUCUUGAUAAUUUAGUUAUCAUAGUUUCUUUAAUUUACUUCCUAUAAACAAGGAAAAAAAACAAUACAAUUAAUGCACAAAGUUCACAAGAAAAACAUUUACUGCAGCUAAUGGAUAGGAAUAAAAACUUAUUAUUUUUAAAGGUGUAACAACAACUUGCAAUGACAGUAAAUACAAUUUUCUGGGUCUUCCACACCUCAGGGAGUGCUUUCACCUCUCGUUAAGAACCACUGUUCUAUUGAAAUGUUUCCGUAACAGAUGCAGUUAUUUGAUAUCUUUGAGAGGUGAAUUUUAAAAGGGUUUUUUUAAAGGAAAGAAGUGGACAUAUGGAUUUUUAUGGGGUUGGGGGUUGCCGAGAUUGAUUAUGUUUGAUUGGGGGGUUGGGGUCUAAAUUUUUUUGACAACUUGUGAUGAUGGUUGGAGGGGGUGUAAAAAAUCGGCCAAACUUUGGUGACGUCAUUUAAGGAUGGCCAGUAAAAACAAAUUAUGAAGGAUUUGUGAAGAUGUGUUCCUGGGAUGGGUAAGUUAGAUUUGCUCAAAUACUGGUAUAAGAGAACAUUUUGUUGAGUGUUAAUUUACUUGAUAUUGUCAUUGAAUAGUCAUUCCUAGACCAUGGUGGACAACCUUUUUCUAAAAAGCCACAGUUGAGGCGAAUGAAUAGUAAAAUUGCCACUCUAUAUAUAUAUAUAUAUAAAUCAUAAAUCAAUACUAUUAAAUCAAAUGAGAGAGUAAUACAGCUAGUUAAUAGUAGUAGUAUAAUGAGAUGUCAUGGUAUCAUAAAGCUCGAGGAUAAAGUCGAGGCAUGGUGGGGGUAUCAAAUCUCAGCUAACCAUAAUGCAGUUACCUCUUCUUGUCCAGUUACCAACAACUUUAUUGUUCCUUCUUCAGACACCAGAACCGCAAAACAGUCAACAAGCUCCUUCAAAAUUAAAGAAGGCAACAUUUUUCCAUCCCAAUAUACUAUUAAAUGUACAAUGUGGAUUAAUGAUGUCUGAAUCGCUUUAGCUACUAUUACACUGUAAAGUGUAAUAGUAGCUAAAGCGAUUCAGACUAUGUCUAAGUGAUUCUUCUGCAGUAGCAAUUAUGUAUGUUGCAUUUCUGUCACUGACUUUGGUUCUGUCUAAUGCAGCUGCUAAACCUGGACUGAAAAUCCUGAUUGACCUGCUUUGCUUUGGUUGACUAGGGGGUUGUUGUCGAUCAGAGUCCUCUUCAGCAUCGUUACUGGUUUCAAUUUCACUUACAAUGCUGCUGAACUCUGUAUGAAUGGCUGCUUGUUGCAUCUGCCCAGUCUCCUCUGUCUUGCUUGAUUUUCACCAAAAGCCAUUUUUGAUUCCUGUCAUCUUUCCGAGCCAACACCAUGUCAACCAAACCCAUGCUACUACCCCUCCCUUUCUCUCUAUGUGUGCCUAAAGGAAUUUGCUGUCUUUAGGUAGCUUUAUCAUGGCCAGAGCCUUAGCAUGUGCAAUGUCCAAACGGUCCUGCAAACUUUCAGUAAAUAGAUGUUCAUUUUUCAUUUGUGUGCGCUUCCUGCCAGAUGCCUUCUUUUGGUAAAAAAGAAAUGCAGGGAGGACUGCGUUCAGGUUGAAGCAAUACAUUUUACAACUUUUACUUCAAUAAAUUAUUCAUUAUGUACUCAAUCGACAUGCAAUUUUUUUGUGGAGUAUUUAUGGGAAAUGUUUAAUUUUAUGUCUUCAUUGCAUUUAAUAUAGAGUCUCAUACUAUUUAUUUAUUUAGAUUGAAGUGCAACUUCAGAUUAUAAUUCUUUUUUAUCAGAUCUAGUCAGCAGAAUAAGGGAUCCAGAAAAGCCAGACUCCCUUGAAGAUUUAAAUGUUAUUUCUGAAUCUGGAAUAAAAGUUUGCAGACUUAGAACAGGUCAACUGUUGGUGCGCAUUGAAUUUGUACCAACUGUACCCCACUGCAAUCUGGCUUCCAUAAUUGGUUGGUAUAAUUAAAAUUUUUUCACAAAAGGAAAAGACCUAGGUGGCUGGACUCAUUAGGUUACUCCUUUCAGAUUUAAUUCUGAUAUGAAGAUUUGAGAUGAUAAGUUAAUUUUUGUGCUAAAACUGAUGGUGGAAUACUUUUGAUGAUGAAAUAAAAUGGAUGUGCUAGUAAAAGCUCAUAAAAUUAUCACCAUCAUUAAUUCUUUUGUUUUUAUUUUAGGUUUAUCUAUGAGAUCAAAGCUAGAAAAAUGUUUGCCAGACAAAAUUAAGGUAUUUUAUAGUUUAGGAAAACUAAAAAUUAAUACAUGUUUAUUAGUUGGCUUGAAGUCUUGAGGAACGUCAUAGCACAUAGUUAUCUAGGUUUUGUUAAGCAAAUAAAACUUAUUGAUUUUUUUCCUUCUCCUUUUGUGGAUUUGAAAAAAAAUAUUUUUUUUUUAUCCAAAUAUCAAAAUGUAAUACAAGGUAUUAUUAAUUUUACAUAAUAUCAUAAUUAAUUGUUUAACCUUGAAGCAAUUACUAUCAGGAAAAAUACUUUCGAUAAUUAUGUCAAACAAACAUUUAAUUCAUGGUAUACAUGCAUAUAUAUAUAUAUUACUUUCAACUUUUCUUUUUUUUCUGUAGGUUGAUAUUUUCAUAAAAGAAGGGACGCAUGAAACAGCUGAUGAAAGUAAGCAACUUCAUAAUUUUCAUCUGAUCUUCUGUCCUAUAUUUAUUUAAAUAUUGUAAAAUUUAAGCCUGGACUAUGGGGAGACACAUCAUAUGAACUAUACAAUCUGAUUCACCCAGAGCCAUCACAUAGGUACUGUAACCCAUGUAACUGCAGGGGACCAAGGAUAUUUACUAGGCCCAAAAUUGUUAUGUGGUACAAAAUUACACUAUCAACUUUGAAUGCUGUGUCAUGUGAUGCUUAUGAAUUCACCCUUUAUUGAAGUAUAAAUAAGACUGAUUCUAGGUUGCUUACUUUUUCUUUUACUAAAAUGUAUGUAUGAAAAUGCAUUUAGUAAUUUUAAUUAAUUAUGGUUUGGAUUCUAGAGUUUAUAAUUUUAAUUUAACCUUGUUGGGCAAUUUUAAUUUUGAUAUCCUUCGUUUUAAUCAGCUAGAAAACAUUUAAAGAGUUAUACACCUUCUUUGAAAAGUAUUUUUUUUUGUAUUUUGAAGUUUUUCAAAAAAUGUAUCAUUCCGUCUUUAUUAAAAAUUAAAAAAAAAUUAGGCAAUUAAUUGGGUUUUUAUGAUUCUGCUACUUAUGCAUAUUUUGUGUAUAUGGUAUUCCUCUGCUCAACAUUUUUAUGAUGUUCACAACCUUGUAAUUCAAUUAGCUUUUAUUUUUAAAAUAUACUUUAUUAGCUGUUGGACAGUUGAUAUAGUCUCUAUAAUUUUGAGGAGGGUGAUGUUAGGAAGUUGUUCUGGACAGGUCACAAAUCUACAUUAAGAAAUGCUGUGCUCAUUUAUCUCAGUUCUUAUUUUCAAUUCUCUCCCUUGUUCCUUUGGAAUUAUUUUGAGAAUUUACCUUAGAUUUAUACUUUUUUUUUUGGUAUUCAUUUAGCUUCGCCCCUAAGAAAUAGUACAAAUUUUAAUUCAUAAACUUAAACUUCUUUUCCUUUUUUUUAAAAGUUUUUUUUCCAGUUUAAAUUGGGACAUUAUAAAAUAAAAGUAGAGUAAACGUAACAAAAUUUCCAAUGUAAUCGACUGCAGUUUCUAUUUUAUUACUUUGAAAUCACUUGAAAUAUUGUUACAAAUUCCACUAUUCUACGAGGGGCAUUAUGAUAUAUCAUGUAACAGUCAUGUUAUUUUGAAAUUCACUGAGUUAUAUUUUUAUUUUUUACUUUUCAAUCUGCAGUCAACAAACAGAUCAAUGACAAAGAAAGAAUAUCAGCUGCUAUGGAGAACCCUAAUCUACAGAGACUAGUUAAUGAAUGCAUAGACAAUGAUGAAACAUGAUAUUCAUCUGCAUAUUAUAAUCAUUUCUUGCAACACAAAUUUUUUUUAAAGAAUACACAAAUUUAGACAUGUCACAAAGUACAUGAUGGCUCUAUUUUUAAAAAAUAAUUUUUUGUAACCACAUAAAUUUGUAAAUAGACUUGAUUAAAUAUUUAUACAGAUUU